UUUGAAGGUAAUGACCGGAUAUAGUUUCGCGCUGACUCGACACCUUUCGGGAUAUUUCGGCCGCAGUUUCAGCACCAGCGUGAAGCCGAUGAAACCCCACCCAGUGAGAGUCCAGUAUGGGGACAUGUAAGGCUGACUGGGUCCGCUGAGGAGGAUCACCUGUGAGGAGCUACUGGGAGAACUGGGAGAACUGGGAGCUAACGGAGCGCAACCAGAUCUCAGUCUGAGUGAUGAUGUGGCAGAAAACAUUUCUGCUGCUGCUUCACAGCGUGGAAGCUGUAGUGGCGUCCCAGUGCUGGCAGGGGGAGAACUGCUCGCCCAGAGAGCGACCCGGUUCCGACUCCGUCCUCGCCUUCCUGCGCAGAGCGUCUCCGCAGACGCUGGUGCUGCAGUCUCUGCUGAGAGGAAAGCCUUACGGAGUUCGCUGGAGGCCACCGACACGGUCCUCUGAGGCGCCAGGAGACAUAGAGGCCCUGAAGGAUCUUGCUUUGUUUGGCGGGGCCCGCCAGGAUUUCUCCAACCCCGGGGUUCUGGAUUAUGAGUAUCCAGAGGGGAGCCAGGAGGAGAGGGGGGCGCCCGGCUCAGAGGUGGAGAUGAGGACAGAGGAGACGUCCUUGAAGGGACAAGAAAGGUUAAACCAAUCAGAGGACGACCCAGAGGGGGGGCUGAUGGAGAGCAGUACGGCCCAGAAUAGAGCCUCCUCUGGGGGGGACAUGAGUCAGGGAGAGGAAGGCAGAACCAGGGGACCGACUGAUUCAGCCGCAGCAGAGAAAAGAGUGAAUACCCAAAGCAGCACUGACUCAUCAGCACUGUUUCAGAAACCAACAGCUGACUCCACCCAACAUGACCAUAUAAGGACUUCCCUCCCCACAGCUGGCUCACCUCAUCGACCAAUCAGCACGUCUGCACAGCCAGAUGAGCCCCUGACAGUGUCCCUUGGGAACCCUGUAGAGCGGAUGUUGCUGCCCACAGUAAAACUUGACGCUUCUCCCAAACCCACAACUGACGUGUUGAAGUUGUUCCAGUCAGCAGCUCGAGCUCCAACAACCUCCACCCGACCCUCAGCUACAGCCGUGACCUCUGACCCCGCCACCACCUCACCCCCCAGCACCAACCCUCCAUCUACCAGCUCUUCUGCUACUACAGCUGCAGCGUCCGUGUCAGCAGUCGGGGGAUCAAACUGCGGUCCGGUGGCCGUGGUCGGUCCUGACAGGAAGCUGUCUCUCCCCGUGAGCAGCUUGACGCUCGACGGCAGCAGAAGCACCGACGACCGCGGCGUCGUCAGCUACCGCUGGGACGCUGUGAGUGGUCCUCCAGGGUUAAAGCUGGAGGGAGGAGACCAGGCAGUUGCCACGGUUACAGGCCUCCGGAUGGGACGCUACACCUUCAGGCUGACGGUCUCUGACCAGGAGGGGGCGACAGACAGCGCUUCACUGACUGUCAGAGUGCAGGAAGCCAGAAGCCUUCCUCCGGUCGCUCACGCCAGUGGCAGCCACACGCUCACGCUGCCAAACAACUCCCUGAUCCUCCGAGGAUCCGUAACCGACGGAGACCAGAGCGAGGUCCACUUCCUGUGGGUCAGAGACAGUCAGAGUCCUGCUGCCGGGAACGUGCUGUACGUCUCUGAGACUCAGGCUUCGCUCUACCUGGCCAACCUGGUGGAAGGAACCUACCUGUUCCAGCUGAGGGUGACCGACGCUCAGGGACGAUCCUGCGCCGCCAUGGCGACCGUAGAGGUCCGACCAGUUUGUCCCUCCUGUGUCUCCGUAGAGCCGGGGGGCGGGGAGGAGGUGGAGCUGGAGAUGAUGGUGUCGGUGUCUCAGGUGAGCGUGUCUCAGAGGGACACGGUGGUCCGACAGCUCGCCGCUCUGCUGCACGUCCUCGACGGAGACAUUCAGGUCCGAGCGCUGCAGGGACACUCACACCUCAGCACAGUGUUGCGGUUCUCAGUGCGGGGCCCCUCGGGACCGCUCUCUGGCGCCAGGAUUGUGAGCGUGCUGAGAAACCAGCUGCUGAGAGAGAAGAGCGACUACCUGCUGUUCAGAGUGCUGAGAGUCGACACCGUGUUGUGCCUGCUUCACUGCUCGGGGCGUGGCCAGUGCGAUCCAAUCACAAAAGAGUGCUUGUGCGACCCUUUCUGGACGGAGAACCUGAUUCGUCGAUACCUCGGCGAUGGAGAGAGCAACUGUGAGUGGAGGGUUCUGUACGUGGUCCUCACCAGCUUCCUGCUCAUGGUCUUCAUCCUGUCCGUCAGCUGGACCUUCAUCUGCUGCUUCAAGAGGAGGAGGCAGACCAAAGUGAGGAGGAAAACCAAAUACACCAUCCUGGACAACAUGGACGAGCAGGAGAGGGUGGAGCUCCGACCCAAAUUCAGUAUCAAACAUCGCAGCACCGAGCACAACUCCAGCCUGAUGAUGUCCGAGUCGGAGCUCGACAGCGACCAGGACACCAUCUUCAGCCGGGACCGACUCGUCCGCAGCAGGAACCGGCUCAGCGCUCAGGGCGCACGCAACGGAAACGCCUUCGGCUGACGGGGACGGGCGACUUCACGGGGAGAGAAAAGACAGAAAAGAUCUCAUCUCGGUUGGUUUUGCACUCUGGGCGGCCCCGUGUGGCAUUUAGAGAUUUUUACUCCUAACACUAUGAAGGACUUCAUUACCCAGAAAUCCUUGCCUGUGAGGUCAAGCUCCUUCAAAAGGACGUGAGGAGUCACUGCCUUGAGGACAAUCCUGUGUAUCCGGGCUGGAUUAUGUGUGAUUUAACGUUAACGUGUGUGGGGGGAAAUUCAAAUAUUUUAUUUUGGACAAACUCCUCGAACUGAUAUUUCUCUUUAAGACCUGAAAUGAAGAAUCUAAAGGAGGAGCAGACAUUCAGCAGAAUAAGACAGUUGCUUCUGUGAGUCCAGCACACAGAGAGAGGCGUCAGGGUCUGUCAGCCUAGCUUAGCUCCAACACUGGAAACAGGGGGGAAACUGCUAGCUUAGCUUAGCAUAAACAAAUCCUCUUUCAACAAUUUUUAGCUCCGUCUGAAUUACGUGCAUCAUAUCAUCUUCUAAUUCAGCGAGGAGGUUCCUGGUUUGAAUCCCCAUCUGACGGGAGCCUCUCUGUGAGGAGGUUCCUGGUUUGAAUCCCCAUCUGACGGGAGUCUCUCUGUGUGGCGGUUCCUGGUUUGAAUCCCCGUCUGACGGGAGUCUCUCUGUGUGGAGGUUCCUGGUUUGAAUCCCCGUCUGACGGGAGUCUCUCUGUGAGGAGGUUCCUGGUUUGAAUCCCCGUCUGUCAGGAGCCUCUCGGUGAGGAGGUUCCUGGUUUGAAUCCCCGUCCUUCAGGAGUCUCUCUGUGAGGAGGUUCCUGGUUUGAAUCCCCGUCUGACGGGAGGCUCUCUGUGAGGAGGUUCCUGGUUUGAAUCCCCGUCUGACAGGAGUCUCUCUGUGGAGGUUCCUGGUUUGAAUCCCCGUCCUUCAGGAGUCUCUCUGUGUGGCGGUUCCUGGUUUGAAUCCACGUCUGUCGGGAGUCUCUCUGUGUGGAGGUUCCUGGUUUGAAUCCCCAUCCUUCAGGAGUCUCUCUGUGUGGCGGUUCCUGGUUUGAAUCCCCGUCUGUCGGGAGUCUCUCUGUGUGGAGGUUCCUGGUUUGAAUCCCCGUCCUUCAGGAGUCUCUCUGUGUGGAGGUUCCUGGUUUGAAUCCCCGUCUGUCGGGAGUCUCGCUGUGUGGAGGUUCCUGGUUUGAAUCCCCGUCUGUCAGGAGUCUCUCUGUGUGGAGGUUCCUGGUUUGAAUCCCCGUCCUUCAGGAGUCUCUCUGUGUGGAGUCUGCAUGUUCUCCAUGUGUGGGUUCUCUCCUGGUUCUCCGUCUUCCACCCACAGUUCAAACACAUGCUCGUUAGGUUAACUGCUGACCCUAAAUUGUCUGUAGGUGUGAAUGUGAGUGUGUCUGGUUGUCUGUCUCUACAUGUCAGCUCUGUGAUUGGCUGGUGAACAGUCCAGGGUGUAACCCCGCCUCUCACCCAAUGACAGCUGGGAUCAGCUCCAGCCCCCCCUGCGACCCUGAACCGGACAAGCGGUAAAGAUAAUAGAUGAGCAACAACUCCUCAUUUGAAUAUCACACAAUCUUGGUUACUGCUCCUAUUAAAAUGUACAUUGCUAUCA